AAACGGUAGGUUAUUCUGACCUACAGCUACAGAUCCACAUUGUUCACCGGAAGCUGUGAAGACAGUUUAAUAAUCACAUCGCUGCUGAUGCAUAUUAAAUUGAUGUUUUUGUAAAUAUGGCUGGGAUUGUGUGUCGAGUCAUAUCGAGUCAAACAUGCUGCCGUCCUGUGCUGUCUUCUGGCAGACAGAGUCCCUGGUUUACAUCAAUCCUUACUAUAAAAACCUCUGCACCAUUAAGAGCAGAGCCGAAGAAGAAGAAAAAGGUGGAUCCACGGCGAGAGCUUAUGAUGAAAGAACGUCUGAAGAAGAAACUGAAAAAAUUAGAGAGAGUUCCACCAGAACUGAUUCCCAUUGAAGAUUUUGUCACACCUGCUAAAUGUCUUGAUGAAACCAGGGUCCGAGAGGGUCCUAAACUGUCAUUUGAAGAGAGUGAGCGCAGAGCCCUGCUUCUUAAACAAUGGUCCAGAUAUAAAUACUCCCAGCACCAGACUGAAAUGGCUGUUAUUGAGGAGGCGCUGGAGGCCCAGAGGCAGGCACUGGAAGAGCUGAAGAUUGAAUCAGAAGAUCUUUACAAAGCAGCGAUCAAACCAGAUACUGAUCUGUUCCCUUUCCAGCAUCAGGGUCCCUGCUACACACCCUCAUUUCCAAACUAUGAAGCCCCAGAUGGCAAAUACAAUGACAUUACAAGAGUAUACACACAAUGAGGGGUGUAUUAGGUGUGUAAGGUUUAUUGAACAAAAUAAGGACUGGGCUCUUCAGAUAAACCAGUGUCAACAUGACUGAUGAAGAACAGCUGGAGAAGAUUUAUCAAAACAUUAAAGAAAACAGGACUGUGAGAAUGAACAACUUUAUUCAUGUGUAGUUGUGCUUAUUUACAGCCAAAAUAUCUGUUAUUGUUCUUUAUGCAUUUCAUAAAAUCUCUUUUUUUACAUAAAUAAAUAUUUGUUAACACCCAGUGUGGGACAGCCCACACAGACACAGUUGGUUAAUAUCUGGAAUAGAUCUUUAAAAAAAUUAAAAGUCUUUUUUCACUAA